AUUCAUUAAAUUGGUUGUGUGAUUCAGCAACUUUGUGUUGGAUCAUCUUACACCAGUGAUUUUGCAGUGCAGAGCAGACACUUUGUCAUUUGGCCUCAUGGAGCGGGUGUUGGGUGGUGUCUUGGCACUUGGAGUGCUCGGUCUGGUCAGUGGUUAUCCCUCCGGUGCUCCGACUGGUGCCUGCGAGGAUAUGAUUCCUCGCCACACUGGGGUAAAGCCUCAGCAUUCACCAGCUCCCUAUAUUCUUCUCACCAACUCCAAGACAUUUAAUCCGGGGAAGCCCAUUACAGUGACCAUCACUGGACCGGAGUACAGAGGUGUGCUUCUGGAGGCUCGAACAAAAGGCAGCACCGAGGCUCUGGGGACCUGGAUGCUUCCUCCUCCAGACACCAAGUUUCUGCAGUGCAGCGGAAAUCCACAAGGUGCUGUUACUCAUUCCAACACCAACGUGAAAGGUAACACCACUGUAUACAGAUGGACGCCGUCCAACACCACAAGCCCUAUCUACUUCAUGGCCACCAUAGCUCAGCAGCGCACAGUUUUCUGGAUUAAUGUCAAGUCCGUUACUCUGACCAGAGGAAAACCAGGAGCUAUUUAUCUGACAACAGAUGAAGUCAAUGAUAGUGCUCAGAUGGGUGAAGGAAAUCUUCUGCUUCUCGUCAUCACAUGUUUUCUCCUAAUGGUCCAAGUGCUGGCGUGAACCUGACGUGAAAAGAAUAUGUUUCCGCCGAAUCACAGAAAACUCUAUACUGUUUUCUUACAAUUAUCUACUUUCUCCUCUUCAAUGGCCUCCUGCCCUAUAUGUGUAAAGUGUAUGAGGUAAAUUUGCAUUAUGCAGUCUCAUCUGUGUGUUCUAUCAUAUUUAAUAUGGAUGAGAGAUGAACUGGAACACUUUUACAGACCUGAGCUGCACUUUAAAUAAUUUGAGGUCUUUAUACAUGAACGCACAUACAUUUUUAAGAUUAAGGUAUAAAUAUAGAAGAGUGGAGAUAAUGUUUUUAUUAUACACAUAUUUACAUUAAACUUUAUUCACCACUUCGCUUUGUUUAUAUUUACCACUUCACCACAUGUACUCCUGUUCCUUUGCUGUAAUGUAAUCUAAUGAAUAAAAAAUGUUGUGAUCAAGA